AUGGCGGAGUCUGAUCCAAGUCGAGGCGCCUCUCCUGAUGUUACGCCAGCCGCUUCUGAAGGGACACGGCUUGGCUACCGUUCUGACAAAGUUCGGAAGCACAUAGAAACCAUUCUCAUGUCUUUCCGCUUCCGGUUCGAGAGUCUCCCAUACGAAGCUCAACAAGCCUAUACAAACUUCCAGCAAAACAACGAUUUCCCGGCGUUCGGCUCUGCCCUCCGACAGUUGCUUUUAGAUGAAAAUCUGGAAGACUUCAUCAGAGAAUCGCCUGCCUUCUUGCAUGCUGCCACCAAGCUGCUUGACAGUAGAUAUCCCCAUUUGGGCCUUAAAGCACGUUUUGACGAUUUGACGGGUCGUAAAGGGCAAAGCUCAUCAAAAACCCAGUCUCGCCGCUCACCCGACUCACGACGCAGCUCAAAGAGGGAGGCCCGGCUUAAUACAGAAUCAAGACAUAGUGGUGAUGAUUCAAGUGUAGCCCCUGCAUCCGCGAGAGUAACAAGAACCCUUACGCUGCAAUCGCGAACUCGGCAAAAGAAAAGCCAGAAAGGCGAAUCAGUAAAACAUAUUCGAUUCGAAGCAGGCCUUCCCUCUGGUUUGCCCAAAAUUCCCACUAUCAAUAUUGAGCCGGCUGGGGCCACAAGCAAUAGAGGUGAUCAGCCUACGCCUGUCCACACGCCGGUGAUACCGGGUUUUGUGAUGAGUACUCGGACCAGCCCCAAAGAACAAGAGACAACUAAAUCCAAGAAUGAAGAACUGCGAAACAGACUGACCGAGCUCAACUCUCAGCUGAAUAAGCUGACCGAGGCUCGUGGGGGAUAUCCCCUUGACUUCAACCUUUACCCUUACAAAGGAUGGAAGGUGGAACAACCCAGGGUUCUCCUCCAUCGAGCCAGGAACUUCCUCGCCGAUGAAGAUAUCGACAGGACCUUGAAUUGGAGUCAGAAGUUUGCGGAGCUGACCGAGUAUCUCUCAUAUCUCACUCACAACUAUCGAGGCGAGGCAUGGGGCACUGAUCUACGUGAGGUCAUUGAGAUGCUUCACGCACAUUCGGUAUUUCAGAAGUAUCACUAUGGAAAUCCCAAGUUGAACCUCAAUUUUGAUACAGCGUGGCCGAAGGGCAGUAAAAGACUACCGCCUCUUCCGGGCACAGAUCACUCCAUCGAGAAGUCGGACAAAGUGAAGGAAGACUUGGGUGAAAGGAAGCUGCUCCUCAACAAGAUCCGUCCAGCGAUCGACGUUCACUAUAAAGUACCCUCAAAGGUACUUUCCCAAUAUAUCGAAUGUUACACCUCAGAGGCCCCUAACUUCUGGGGAUAUACACCUGCCUCUGCACAUCCUCGUCUAGGACUGAUGGGUAUUGAGAAUGACACCUACGAAGAAUGUCUAUCCUCGACUAUAUUGACCACAUGCAAGAAGAUUGAAGCAGCUGAAGCCAAGUUUAAGGCAGAGUCUGAAAAGAAACAAUUCAGUCCAAACGCACUUAGGGCAUUUGCCACGCUCCGGGGCACUCGGCGGGCAGCUCUUCAGCAAUCCUUAAGUCAUCUGAACAAUGCUGAGAACCUUGCCGUCUGCGAUGUCUUCCGUACUCUCGUCCUACCCAAGCCCAAGAUACCCGAGAAGCCAGACGCGGGCAUUAUCAUUCCUACCAUGCAAGUUGCCGAGGUCCCUGAAAAAGAGUCUCGAGAUCCUUUCGGCUUCACACUUGCGCAUAAAUGGUAUACAAGGGCAGACCGCCACUGGGGAGAUUGGGAAUACAAGCACGCCGUCAAAGAGUGUCAUGGCCACAAGCUGUGGGAAAAUCGCAAAGAGCCGAUUAUGGAUCUUCCUAAGAACUUCAAAGGGCCUUACGCUCACGACUGUUUGGAUCAUGAAAUGAAGAAGACCCGCUUGCUCUUAAAGAGAUGCGAAGCCCUGCAAGACCGGAUACUAUUGCAGAAAGAACGAACAUCACGGAAGUUCAUGACAAUUGUUUCCCAAAGCCUACUUGACGGAUUGGAAGGAAAGAAUUGGGAAAUAACCGACCUGAAGUUCUAUAAGGACGAUCUCGUACCUGACUCUCGAGAUCUGAUACAUAUCAGGCCUAAAGAGGAAGGCUUCUUGCGAUUACUGGGUGAACACUCGAUCAACAAGAAGAUGGCGAACAGAACCAAAGAAGUCAAAAGCGGUUCUCAUUUCGACAUUUUUGAGGCAAGAGUCACGAGAAUGUUCUACGGAGAGGGCACAACAAUUGUUCACGGCUACACCUUUGAGGACUUCAUGCAAGAACUCAAUCGGGAUUGUGAUGGUCCAGUGAAACGCUGGAGGUUCUCUGAAAACGAGACUUGGGAAAACGCUCUCAACCUCCAGAAUGAGACAGGGCUUAUCACAAUAUACGGAACUGAGGGAAGUGGAUAUAGACUUUACCGCGCCGAGGCCAACCUUCACCCCGAGCAGCGUGUAAGGUGGCUCGAUAUGGACAAAGACCUUGAUGCCUUCGUGCAAGGCGUGGACCUUGCAAACAUCAAGAAAGGCGAAGAGAAUGCCGAAACCAGUCACGAAAGGGACGAGAUCGACACAAUCUCAACAAAUAUCAGUGUUCAAGAGUCAGCGGACCUUGGAGAUUAUAUGUUCGGACUCCCCAAAAUCGAAAACCUCCGCAGUUGGGAAGAGCUUGCGGGGGGUGCUUCCGAUGUUGAGAGCAGCAAGCUGCAGCAAGAUAUGCGAAAGACGAAAGACUUUUACCGAUGCCUUUGCUUUCGGCUUGGAAAGACCAUUCAUGACCUCCGAGCAAAGCAGGAGACAAUCAAACGCCAGCUCACUCCCAGGCAGCAAGAGCUGAACCGCAACUUUGUCGACUUGGUUACCAGAAUGUGGGAUUCUGAUGCUAGAGAGCGGCCAGACAAGAAGGAUAAGAAUCCAAAGAAAGGCAGUCUCAAGCGCGUCACGCCCGCGUAUCAAGAUAUCAUCAGGAUGAUGGAGCCAGAGAUUUACGACCCGACUUGGGAGAUGCGUCCUGUCAACAAAGGUUAUCCAGGAGACACCUUGAUCCGUGAAACAAUCAGGAAAGGGAUUAUUCGCGAGGCAUAUGAGAACAAAAGUAUGAUUUUCCCAAGCCGCAUUGAUCGGUACACCAAUCAAGACGGCUUCACGGUUGAAUUACCACGUCGGCAUGAGCCAGUGUGGUCUUUUGCACACCCUGGACGAAAAACCAGGGCGCCACGACACUGGGACAUGAACCGUUGGCCGUUGCAUCUGCAGAGUGAAACGACGGCUGAGAGAAUCAGGUCUGGAACUUUCUCUGGGGGUAUUUCAAGAAAGCCAGCACCUCCUUCACCUAUCGCCACACCUCCAUUGUCACCCACUCGACUUAUUAAACAGGAGAGAGGUAGGAAAGCUACGAGGUUGAGACGACAGAUGGACGAAUAUACUGCUGAAGAUAUUGCCGAAGGCACUGCAGUGCCUUCAAUCCCGACUGAAGACAUUGCAAUAUCUCCAGGUCCGAUCGAAGACACAAACACAUCCGAGCAACAUGAUCAAAUCAUCCCAGGACUCGGGGAAGAUUUUGUUGUGACUUUUGCAGACUUGGCAAACUCCCGUCGUACUUUCGCGCCCGGCCCGCCACACUACUUCCUCGGUGACACUCCUCUGCAGAAGAAGUAUGUCGAGGACUAUAUCAAGAGAGGAAUUGUGCCAACAGAGCAGCCGCCAACCUGGCGUUACCGUCUUGGGGCGCUCAUGGGUCGUAGACAAGUGGAAGAUGACCCAACAGCUCUGCCGGAGGUUCACCCCCGUGACGUCCCUAAGAGCAGAUCUCGACUUGAGUCUUCCGAAGAUUCAGACUACGAGAACUCUGUAGAGAUGCUUGACGUUAUGGACAACGACGAUAUUGACGUUGAGAUGGAGGAAUUGGUAACACGACGGCCUCAUGAUGAAGAGCUCCCCUCGCCAACGAUACCAUCAUUCCCCCAUUCUUCCUCUGUUGAGCAUGCGCCCCCAGUCGAGGAUGACUUUGCAACAGAACCAAUUUCCGAGGUCCCUGAAGAGUCUAGUGUCGCAUAUGGACAGGAUAACCUUCCCUUUGCUGAACAAGAAGGUGAGCAACUAGUCCAAAUGCCACAGUCACAGCGAUCACGACCCCGCCACCUUACGUCAAACCGGCUCAAUCUAACGAUAGAAGAUCCAGAAUCUCCGACAAGUGUUGAAUAUACAGACGAAGAGACGUCAGCAUCAGUGCGCAAAGCUCUGAGCGAGUCGGACUAA